GCGAGCGGGCCUGACCCGCGGCAUGGCCGCCAUCAUCAAGAAGCAGAUCCUGAAGCACCUCUCCCGGUUUACUAAGAAUCUUUCUCCAGACAAAAUCAACCUGAGCACACUGAAAGGGCAAGGGCAGCUGACCAACCUGGAGCUGGAUGAAGAGGUGCUGCAGAAUGUGCUGGAGCUGCCCACCUGGCUUGCCAUCACUCGGGUGUACUGCAACAAGGCAUCUAUCAGGAUCCAGUGGACAAAGUUGAAGACGCACCCAAUCUGCCUGUACCUGGAUAAAGUGGAGGUGGAGAUGCGAACAUGCGAAGAGCCUCGGCCACCCAAUGGACAGUCUCCCAUUGCUCUUGCUGCAGGUCAAAGUGAAUAUGGCUUUGCUGAAAAGGUCGUGGAGGGGAUGUUUAUUGUUGUCAAUUCCAUCACCAUCAAGAUUCAUUCCAAGGCCUUUCAUGCUUCUUUUGAGCUAUGGCAGCUCCAGGGCUACAGUGUCAACCCAAACUGGCAACAGAGUGACUUGCGACUCACCCGCAUUACUGAUCCACAGAGGGGAGAGGUUUUGACAUUCAAAGAGCUCACCUGGCAGACACUUCGCAUAGAAGCAGAUGCCACUGAUAAUGGUGAUCAGGAUCCUGUUACUACUCCUCUGAGACUCAUUACCAACCAGGGGAGGAUCCAGAUCUCUCUCAAGAGGAGGACCAAAGACUGCAAUGUGAUGGCAUCUAAGCUGAUGUUUCUCCUUGAUGACCUGCUCUGGGUGCUAACAGACUCUCAGUUGAAAGCAAUGAUGAAAUAUGCUGAGUCUCUGAGUGAAGCCAUGGAGAAGUCUGCCCAGCAGAGGAAGAGCUUGGCACCAGACUCUGUACAGAUCACACCGCCUGCACCAAGUACCCAGCAGUCCUGGUCUCAGUCGUUUGGAGUCAGCCCGAAUGCAAGUAGCAUUGGUCAAUAUUUUGAUAAGCAUGACAUGAAAGAGUCAUCGUAUCACCUCCUCAUCUCACGCUUGGAUCUGCACAUCUGUGAUGACAGCCACACUCGAGAGUCAGGUGCUCUGAAGCAUGGGAUGCUGGGGGGUGCCAUACAGCUGACCUUCAGGAGGAUGGCUUUUGAUUAUUACCCUUUCCACAGGGCAGGAGAUGCCUGCAAGCACUGGGUGAGGUACAGUGAAGCAAUGGAAACACGGGGACAGUGGGCAAAGAAGUUGGUCAGUGAAUUUCAAAGCAAGAUUGAGAAGCUUUAUGAAGAAAUGGACCCUGCAUUUGCCAGGACUCCACUUUCACCUUUCAAAAAGAAAGCAGAUACUUCAUUGAGUCCUCAUAAAAGCCCUUUAGAAAAAGGCCGUGUACCUCCCACAAGCUUGCCACAACUCCGGCACCCUCCCUGGAACCGUCUUCGGUCCAGCUGUGUGGUAGUUCGAGUGGAUGACCUGGAUGUUCACCAGGUUUCUACAGCUGGUCAGCAGAGUAAGAAACCCUCCACCUUGCUUUCAUGUAGUAGAAAAUUCUUCAAGCUUCCUGAUCAGGUCUCUGCAAUCCACAUUGAAUUCACAGAGUAUUACUUCCCAGACAACCAGGACUUUCCAGUUCCAUGCCCAAACCUGUAUGUACAGCUGAAUGGCCUGAUGCUUACUCUGGAUACAGCAAGUGUGCUCUGGAUAAACCUCUUCUGUCUGGAUCUUUAUCGCAGCUUGGAGCAGUUCAAAGCCAUCUAUAAGCUGGAGAACUCAGGCAAGCGUGAUGAGCAUGUUGAUGUUCGACUGGAUGGCUUCCACCUGAAGCUUAACAUCCCUGUGGGGAGGAAAGUCGCUGACCAUCAGGAUCGUCCUCAGGCACUCUGCGUUUGCACGUCGGAGAUGACGGUCACCAACACCCGCCACGCUCCCUUCUGCAGCUGCCAGGACCUCCAGAGCCUCUUCCGUAAAUUUGCCAGUUCAGAAUUCUUCCACUCCAGCUACACCAAGUUCCCAAGGUGUGAGGACACCUUCAGCCUCCUCCACACCCUUUUCCUGCGCCAUGCAUAUGAGGUGGAUGAGAGCCCUCGCAAGCAUCCUGGCUUUCCCCAGCUGCCACGCAAGCCCUCAGCCUCUGAAGAUCUGUGGUCUAUGAAUUUCACUGAGCUUUCCCUGGACUUUGAGGGGGCUGAAAGCUCCAAGGGCAGAGCCCUUAGCUUUAUUGACCCUUUUCCCCUUUCCAUUUGGGCCUGCUUUCCCAGGAGAUGGGGACAAGCUCAGAUAUCUAAACGACAGGAAUUGGCAGCCUCUGAGUUGAAAAUCAAGCCUUCUGCCAGCUUUAGCAAUCACUCAAAGGAUGAGCACCUUUCCAGAGAACACGGAGUUUGUCAGAGAUCAAAGACUGACCAGGAUCUGAAGAACAUCUACAAGGUCCCAGAGACAAUGGAUGUCUUGGGAAAAGCUAACCUUGAAGUUGAUUAUGGAGUAGAUAAUAAAGAGCUGGAAGCCUCUGCUGAUAUCCAUGUGCUUGUGUCCUCAUCUGUCCACGUCAAAGUUCGUCUCAACCACUACCAAUACUUGGUGCUACUCAGGAUGAAGGAAGUUCUGCAAGAGCUCCAGGAGCAGUUGACCCGAGAUACCCAGGAAGUGACUGGGUCUCCUUUAGAUCCCAUCUCUGCUUGUGUAGGAGUUAUAUUCCACACGGCUGAAGUGGCCCUAGUCAUGAACCCUGCACCAGGGUCUGUCUUGGAACCCAGAUCCCUUGACUCAGACACAACAAGCCUGAUCGAAUCUGAGCUUUCUCCUUCAGACAGUAAGGAGGGGCUUGCAGCUGAAGAGAAGGAGCUGAAAUCAGAGACCAUGCCAGAGAAGGGAGUGUGCAGUACUGCAGAGGUUCCAGAAGACAGUGGGAGUGAAAAUACAGGAGCCAGUGUGUCGCUGGAGCAGCUCCCAAGAUCUGCAAGUGAUGGAGCUCUGAGUACAGCUCCAAACAGUAAGAGCAUAGAGGAGAAAGGUUUGGUAGAGGAAGCACAUGAAGCUGUGGAAGACUUGGUUGCAGAAAGACCGGCGGAGGCCAGCAGCCAUCCUCAGAGCCCUCCUGCUCUGCCUUCCAGCCCAACCUCAGACACACAGUCCUUGGGGAGAGGAAAUACCACUCUCAGUGGCCAGGCAGAACUCAUCCCUUUGAAGAACUUAGAGGUGGAGUUGUCUAGUGCUCUGCAUAUCACAAAGGAUGCCACGAAGGAAGCGCUGCAUGUGACUAUGGACCUCACCAAAGAAGCCAUGUCUAUAACAAAAGAUGCACUGAGCCUGAGCCGGGAGAAGAUGACAUCCACCAUGCAGAAAAUGCUCUCUCUCCCCCCAGCCAAGGAUCCUGUGCCCAAAGCUGAAGAGGGAGCAGUAACUCCAGGCGGGGCUGGCAGCACCCGAACACGUUUCUUCUCCAUGAAGAGGACAGCAUCCCAGCAUUCCUUUGACACCACAUCUGUGGAUGGGAGCGGCCCUGAGGAUGGACUGUCCAUGGACAGUGAUGGCAGUGAUGGCUUUGUGAUGCUCACAGACUCUGAAACCAGCCUGGACCCUCUUCCCUCAGGGCAUCUUCCUCAGGUCCACAAUGACACGUGCAGUAGAACAAGCCUGAUGACAGAGGAUAAAGGUGGAGUGUCUCCUGAAGUAAACAGCUCAACUUCACAGAGUGGAGACCCCAGCCUUCAGCUGGUGUCAGUCCUUGUGCUGAAGAUGAAUGAGGUGAACUGUGGAAUAGAGGUGCGAGGUGAUGAUUUGUCAGUUGCUUUACAAGUAAUGAACGUGAUUCCAGAACAACUGAACAACGUUGGAAUGUGGCAGUAUCUACGUGGCUAUUUGGCUCUAGGAGAUCCAGGUAUAGAGAAGCCUCUGGGAGGUGAAGCUGGUAAGACCCAGCCAGAAGUGUGCUUACGUUUUGAAGUAGGACCUGAUGCUGCUGUGCGUUCACCUCUUGCUGUUCAGAAUGGCUUCCUUCAUAUGCUGGUCCGCAGUUACACAGCAGAGCUCUUCAUGUCCUUCCUGACCAACCUUGGCCCCUUUCUUGAGGAUGAAGUAAUUCCAGAGGUGAUCCCCAUGGAGAUAGAAGUUGUGGAUGCCAAAAUCACAUUGAAGGAUGACAACCCCCAGAUAUAUCCUACCUCCCCUGGCCCUAUCCCUAUCACCUUGGCAGUGGAUCACAUCAUUGUGAAGCGCAGAGAUGAUGGCGUGUUCUAUGUAACAGCUCUGCAAGGGGAGGACUCACCAGAACAGGAAAAACCUGUGUCUGUUCUUCAGGAGCAGAAAACCCUGGCAGAGUGUGUUGAGGCAGCCCCAGCACCAGCAGCACAUGGACUGCAGUUAAAGGAAGUGCCAGAGUUGCAAAGGGAGCUUCAGACCAUGAAAAUAGCCCUUGCAGAAGCCAACAUGGACAAGGCUCGCCUUCUGCAGGAGAUUAGGAAAUACAAUCCCCUUUUCCAGCUUUGACAGAGAAGGGGCAGGCUGCAGCUGCUUAGGAGGAGCAGAGCCACCACCAGCACUAAGGCACUGGUUUGAUGAUGUUGCUGCUGAACAGGUCAGCCUCCUGGAGACUGAGCACCUCAACAAAUUGAGACCAGCUGGGAUUGCAAAAUGAACUCAAAAGAGGGAGAAAGGAAGGAAAGUCUGGCUGAGCAACAGGGAAGGAACAAGGAGUUACCUGUUUGCAGCCACUUUCCUCUCUCCUGACAGUGUGGUGCCACCUCUGUUGCUGAACCAGGGCAAUGGUCAGCCCACAAACAAAAGGUCAAGGCUACAAACUUCAGUUGGGGGGACCCCAUACCUCUUCAUCCAUAGGUGAUAGUGGCUGUGUGCUUUCAGCUUUCACUGUAACAUCUAAGGAUGGUCCUUGUCGGGGGUUCUGCUUCUUUCAGCCUUCCUUGUGUUCUUGGCUGAUCAUGCAAACCAAGGAACACAAAAAGAAGGAGAAAGAACAAAGAAAAAGUUACUUCACCACAUCAGGAGUGACAGAGAAUAGCAGAAAACGUUACUAGGAGCCCUUAUGUGAAAGCUUGCUCUGCUACAUGAAAAGUAGAGGUCAGUGGGAGAUGCAGAAGGGAUUUCCCCCUGUGGAGGAAGGGGGUUAUAGGUCACUAUUCCCUCAAGAGUAGGGUCAGGUAAGAAAAGA